AUGUAUCCUACACCAGCGCGGCAUCAAGCUGCUCCUGUAAGGGGCCCCCAACCUUCUGGAGGACAAAUUAAAUUUACUAUAGCAGACACUUUAGAGAGGAUUAAGGAAGAAUUUAAUUUUUUACAAGCACAAUAUCACACGCUGAAGUUGGAAUGUGAAAAGUUAGCUAGUGAAAAGACAGAAAUGCAAAGACAUUAUGUAAUGUACUAUGAGAUGUCCUAUGGACUGAAUGUUGAAAUGCACAAACAGACAGAAAUAGCAAAGCGGUUAAGUGCAAUUAUUGGGCAGGUGUUGCCAUUUCUCGCCCAAGAGCACCAACAGCAAGUGGCGUCCGCCGUAGAAAGAGCUAAGCAGGUCACUAUGUCUGAACUUAAUGCUAUUAUAGGGCAACAACAACAACAGGGACUGCAGCAACUCCUUCAACAGAUCCACGCUUCAGCUGGAUUGCCACAUGGUGUUGGCGGUGCAGGGGCAUUACUUGGUGCUGGUGGACUUCUCUUCCCGGGCGCUGGGCCACCACCCACGCCCCAUUUGCCACCACCAGCUCACAAGGUCGAGUUACCCCCUCCAACGGAUAUAAAGCCGCCGUUGACUGGACCCGCCCCUCCACCAUUGCUACCUGGACAGCCACCGCCUCGAGAUGACGAUAGACACGCUUCACGAUCAAUGGCACAACAGCGUCAUUCUGUAUCGCCACACGAGCGUGAACGAGAACACAAGUACCGUCCUCGUUCUCCGCCCGAGCCGGAGCCACUAGACGCCAAGCGCCGCAAAGAAGACAAGGAUAGCGACGCGGAGAAAAGCGAUCAGGAUUUAGUAGUAGAUGUAGCAAAUGAAGAAGAGAGAGGGUCUCCGAGUGUUCGGCCUCACGACGGCGAGAGAACAGAGAACGGGCCUAGACCUCCUUCUCGUUCCGGCUCUUCUUCUAGCCGUUCCACACCCAAAAGCUCGAAAGAUGAAAAACCGGGAACGCCGGGUGCCAAAGGUCGAGCACCGACACCGACCGGCCGUUAUGCAUUUCCACCUUAUGCUGCGUAUAGAACCCCACUCCCGUAUGAUGGACAUAGAACCAAUGGCAUGCCACCUGCCAAACCUGCGUAUUCAUACCACACAUGUGGUGGUCCGCUCCAACCUGUGCCUUUCCCCGCUGACGCUCUUGUCGGUCCGGGGAUUCCCCGCGGCGCGCGUCAAGUGGCAGCUCUACCUCACGGCGAAGUCGUCUGCGCAGUAGCCUUGUCGCUUAGCAACGGCGCUAGACACGCAUACACCGGCGGUAAGGGCUGCGUUAAGCUUUGGGACAUCACUAGUCCGGGCUCGCCUAACACAUUAGAACCUCUAUCGCAGUUAGACUGCUUGCAACGAGAUAACUACAUCAGAUCUGUUAAACUGUUACCUGAUGGACGGACCUUAUUGGUGGGCGGUGAGGCCUCUAAUUUAUCAAUAUGGGAUCUAUCCUCUCCUACGCCACGAAUGCGGGCCGAGUUGACGUCUUCAGCGCCAGCUUGUUAUGCACUUGCCAUCAGCCCUGAUUCCAAGGUAUGCUUCAGUUGCUGCUCUGACGGUAACAUAGCUGUUUGGGAUCUUCAUAAUCAAACAUUAGUUAGGCAAUUCCAAGGUCACACCGACGGUGCAUCGUGUAUAGAUAUAAGUCCAGAUGGAACUCGACUAUGGACGGGAGGUUUAGACAAUACAGUUAGGUCAUGGGACUUGAGGGAAGGGCGACAACUUCAUCAGCACGACUUCUCUAGUCAGAUAUUCUCUUUAGGAUACUGUCCUACCGGGUCCUGGCUAGCUGUGGGAAUGGAGAAUUCUCAUGUGGAAGUGUUGCACGCGGGUAAACCGGACCGCUAUCAAUUAGUUUUACACGAAUCAUGCGUUUUGUCGCUACGGUUUGCAGCUAGUGGCAAGUGGUUCGUCUCCACUGGCAAAGAUAACCUGCUUAACGCGUGGAGGACACCAUAUGGCGCGAGCAUAUUUCAGUCGAAAGAGUCUUCGUCGGUGCUCAGUUGUGACGUGUCUUCAGACGAUAAGUUUAUAGUGACCGGUUCUGGUGACAAGAAAGCAACAGUUUACGAAGUGAUGUAUUAA